AAGUACAAUGCACAUUGGGGACGAAUAAAUAUGAUGCACAUAGUAGGGUAUAUUAUGGGGGUUGUAACUAAUUAAUGUUUGUAUUAGCGUAUUGGUUAUGUUGCAUUCUUUGUUUUUUUAGGUUGGACAUAUUCAAUCUUUUUUAUAUAAUAAUUGCUAUAGUUGGGAUACUAAUUGUGCCGCCUUAUCAACUUAUCGGUUAAUGCUGUGUUUUUUUGGAUUUAUAUUAUAUGUUGGACAUGUUCAAUACCGUGAACCUUAAUCUAGUUGUUGGUUCGUUGCCUUAUGUGACUAAAUAAUCGAUCAUGGAUUGAUGAAGUAAUCGUAUGCGACUUAAUAUUUUUUACUGGCCUCCAUUCUAAACGUUUUGGCAAUCACUCAUCUCUCGACCAUGCCAUUCUUUUGCCCACUCAUCUCUCGAGCAUAUUCACAUCCUUGCAUCAAAUUUUUCUGUACUUACCAACCGAGCCACGCACUGACCUUGUCGAUCGAAACACGAUCCUUUUCUGAAAUAGUAAAGCAGCAGUACAUAUUGUCCUUUAUUAAUUCGCUCUUCUUGCACUAUGUCCAAGUUUGAUUCAUGGAUGUAAUACUCUUAUUUGGCCACCGUUUCAGGCUUAAGAUGGCCGGCAAGAUGCUUGGUUUGUAAUUAACCUGAAUAAAUUCUGACGUAUAUGGAACUGGACUAGUAGUUAACUAGCCACAUUUCCAGGCUUAAAACGUACAAGUGGCCGGCAAGAUGCUUGGUUUUACUAACCUGAAUAUGUUACUGCUAAUAAGGUUCGAAAGCAUACAUUAUUUUAACUAAUCCGUCGCUUUAUGCACAUGCUAGUUCACUACACCCCAUAAGUAAGAUUGAUGAAAUCAUUGAACCAAAGCUUGCGACUAGCUGGCUACUAGCACCCACCCAGUUACCCACCAACAGGUCCUCUUCAUGUGCUUCUUUUGACCACAAACACACACAAACGAGAGAGAAACGUUUCGUAGUUGUUCAACAAUUGAAACUUCAUAGUGUCUUAAAAGUAAAAAUAAAAUAAAACGUUUUUGUUUCUUUUUUCUACAGGAGAAAAGAUGCUACUCCCUCUUAUCCAUACUAAUUGACACUGAUCUAGUACAAUGUUGUACUAGCUUUGUACUAGACCAACAUCAUUUAAUAUGGAUCGAUUUGGACCGAUAGCUGCGCGGGAAAUCUUGCUGAGAGCGAUAUUCCGAGUAGUUCCAGUGAUGCUGAUGUACAAGUGGCCGUUCAAGGUUCAUUGUUGAAGGUAUCUUUUGCUGCGUUGGUUCUGUUAACAUGCGUAAAGUAUGCUGCAUACCGAGGCUCCCUCCGUGUUUUCGCCUGACACGAGCUGUUCUUAAUUCGCUUGCACCAAACACUAGCUCACCUCUUUCGAUGCGGAUGCACAUGCUAGCACGUGAUCAUUCAUGUGCCUUCCAUCGUUACUGAGCCAAACAAAUCUCAAGCUUGCUCAUCUUCAUUUUCCUGCUAAUUAGCUAGCUGCACUUGUCUGAGCUGUUCUCUCCACCACUCCAAAGUCCAAAUCACACCAGCAACACCCACGAGAGAUGCAGUGAAGAUACAAAAAGUAGAGAGAUCAAUGGAGGCUGUGAGCGCCUCGCAUGGCGCAUUUGGUCCCCUGCUGGGGAAGCUCACCACCUUGCUCGCCGAUGAGUGUGCUCGGCUGAAAGGGGUCCGCCGUGAGAUCCGCUCCCUCAGAUCAGAACUCGCGAGCAUGCAUGCUGCACUGAAGGAGUAUACGAAGCUAGAAGACCCAAAUGACCAAGUGAAGACAUGGAUAUCGCUGGUCAGGGAGUUGGCCUAUGAUACCGAGGAUGUCUUCGACAAGUUCAUCCACCAGCUUGGCAGCGGAAGUAAUCAUGGUGGUUUCAAGGAGUUCUUCCGCAAGACCGCUCGUCGUUUCAAGACACUUGGGUCUCGUCGCGGAAUCGCUGACCAAAUUGACGAUCUGAAAGAUCGCAUCAAGCAAGUGAAAGAUCUCAAGGAUAGUUACAAGUUGGAUUAUGCUCCUUCUAGCAUCGCUGGCCCUCCAGUCGUGGAUCCCCGGCUGCAUGCAAUUUUUGCUGAUGAAGCACACCUUGUGGGGGUGGAUGGUCCAAGAGAUGAUCUUGCCAAGUGGAUGUUGGAAGCAAAUAACUUGUCCAAAGGAUGCAAGGUUUUGUCAAUUGUCGGGUUUGGUGGAUUGGGAAAGACAACACUAGCGAAUGAGGUAUGUCGCAAGAUUGAAGGGAAUUUUCAUUGUAAGGCUUUUGUAUCAGUCUCACAAAAACCAGAUGUAAAGAAAAUUAUCAAGGAUGUAAUAUCUCAAGUGGCAUGUGAAGAUGGAUCCACAAAAGAUACUAUUGAUUGGGAUGAAAAGAAGUCCAUUGCCAAGCUAAGAGAACUGCUAGAAAAUAAAAGGUAUCUCAUCAUCAUCGAUGAUGUAUGGUCUACACAAGCAUGGCACGCUAUCAAGUGUGCUUUUCCAGAGAAUGAUUGUUCUAGCAGAAUUAUAGCUACUACACGCAUCAUUGACGUAGCAAAGUCAUGUUGUCUGAGUGCUGACGACCGUGUGUAUGAAUUGGAAGCCCUAAGUGAUCUCCACUCUAGAAGAUUGUUUUUCAAAAGAUUAUUUCGCUCUGAGGAAGAUUGCCCUGAAAUGUUGAAGGAAGUUUCUAAUAAAAUUUUAAAGAAAUGUGGAGGCCUACCAUUGGCAAUUAUCAGCAUAUCUGGUUUGCUAGCAAACCGACCAGCCAUCAAGGAAGAAUGGGAGAAGGUUAAGAGGUCAAUUGGUACUGCACUGGAGAAAACUAACAGUCUAGAGGGCAUGAGUAGCAUACUAUCUCUUAGCUAUAAUGAUCUUGCACCUCAUCUCAAGACUUGCUUGUUGUACCUAAGUUUGUUUCCCGAAGACCAUUUGAUUUACAGAGAUAGGCUAGUGAGGCGAUGGAUAGCAGAAGGCUUCAUCUCUGAAGAGCGUGGACAGAGCAAGCAAGAGGUCGCGGAGAAUUACUUCUAUGAGCUGAUCAACAAAAGUAUGGUCCAACCGGUGGACAUUGAGUAUGAUGGAGAGGUCCGUGCCUGCCGAGUCCAUGACAUGAUGUUAGAAAUUAUCAUUUCAAAAUCAGCUGAAGAUAAUUUUACCACUGUGGUAGGUGGAGGUCAAACGAGUUUGCUAAAUCAUCAAGAUUCAAUUCGGCGGCUAUCAAUCCAGCACAUUGACAAGAAACUUGCAUCUGAACUGGCAAAUGUAGAUCUCAGCCAUGUUCGAACUUUGAUAGUAAUGCCAUCAUGUUGCAUCACACACUUGCCCAGUCUUGAUCGGUUUGAAGCUUUACGUGUUCUGGAUUUUGAAGGUUGUGUGGAUUUAAAGGACUAUGAUAUGGAAGGCAUGGACAAAUUGUUUCAGCUAAAGUACCUCGGCUUUAGGGACACACGUAUAUCAAAGCUACCAGCAGGGAUCGUCAUGCUAGGUAAUCUAGAGACGCUGAAUUUUGAGGGUACAUCUGUGAGAGAGUUACCUGCUAGAAUUACUCUUCUGACUGAACUACGACACCUAAUCGGACGUUUGAACAAGCUACCAUCAGGGAUUGGGGGCAUGAGGAACUUACAGCUGAUGCCAAGAUUUAUUAUUACCAUGCAAGAAACAGAUGUGUUGAAGGAUCUCGGGAACCUGAAAAGUUUGGAGGGACUCGAUGUGGAUCUUGGCGAUGAAGUAUCCUGCGAGGACAAGAGAUGUGAGAAAGAGGCGUUCCUCUCCUCACUGUGCAAGCUUGGCACCUGCAAACUCCGUUCUUUGGAAAUAAAAUCAAAGUACUGUGGUUCCCUCGACUUCUUAGAUUCCUGGUCCCCUCUGCCAUCUUCUCUUCAAAGGUUUGUGGCGGCCUACAGAGAUUCGUUCACGAAACUUCCAAAGUGGAUUACACCAGCACUCAUUAACCUUGCCGACCUCUGGAUCUGCUUAACUGAACUGACGGAAGAUGGGCUGCUUACCCUUGGGCAGCUCCCAUCCUUACUCCGCCUGCAACUACGGUUAUCAAAAAAGUUUAUUGCCACAGUCCAAGUCAUUUCUUUCCCAAAUCUGAAAGCGCUUAACUUCUCAGGAACAGCACAAGCAUAUGUUUCGUUUGCGAAAGGGUCAGUGCCCAAGCUUGAGUCAAUUGAAAUGCCAUUCAAUGCGUCGGAGGCAAAAGCUAAUGGCUUCUAUUCAGGCAUUGAGCAUCUCCAUUGUCUCAAAUUAGCUUACAUAUGGUGUAAUGAAGACGGGACACUACCAGAAAGAAAGGCUGCAGCUGCUGCGAUCAGGAAAGACGCAGAUGCCAAUCCCAACCAUCCUGAAUUUACUUUUGAGAACGAACCAUGGGAAGAGGACAAUGAAGAAACUGGUGCUGGUGACGAGGAGAAGAGCAACGAAGAUGGUGACACUGAUGAGGAUUAAAAUGCUCACAAACUGCAAGAGGUGACAAGAUGAAAAACUGAAGCUGACACCUCCUGAAAAGAGUGAUCUGGAGUCUCUCUCAACUGAAGUUGCUACUACUACUUUCUUGCUACAUACGACGUGUUAGAUCGCCUGUGUUCCUUACUUUAUGAUUCGGACUUGAGCUCUAUUAUUACUGCUAAUAAGGUACUCCGGUCCUGUCGGACAGUACUUGGAGUCUGAAUCUUGUACGCUGUUCUUAAGCCUGUCCCACUAGCUUUAUGCAUUCGGCAGGACCUAAUUUGUAUUUGUAUUCGGGAAUAUUUGUGCUGAAUACUUGAUUUCUGUUUUCAUAUAAUGCGUGGGCGAAUGCACUGUGUUUGAUUACGA